AUGGGAAAGAUUAUGGAUUUGAAUCGGUUUGACAGCACUUUCUUCGGACUAAUGGAUGAAUUGGUGUUUGAAUUAAAACCUGCGGAGAGAAUGGUAUUGGAAACGGCAUACGAGGCCAUUAUGGACGCGGGCAUAAAUCCGGAACAAUUGCGGGGCAGUCGACGGGUUGGGGUAUUCAUCGGGACGACUGUUUACUCAAACUGUGAUUACAUACGAGACGAGAUUCAGCCGGACGUUAUGACACCGAUGGAGGCAUUCACAAUGAUUAACACUACAAUGGUCAACAUAAUGCUGGCCAACCGACUAUCCUAUGUGUUUGAUUUGAGGGGCCCGUCGAUGGUCAUCGACACCGCCUGCUCGGCCUCUCUCAGUGCGCUCAAUGUGGCACUUAAUGACCUAAAACAGGGUAAUAUCGAUUACGCGGUGAUCGCCGGCAUUCACACAAACCUACAGCCGAUGGCCUUACAUGUGGGACAGGAGACAGGGCUUCUCUCCCCGAGGGGUCAGUGCUGUCCACUCGACGAGUCGGCCGACGGUUUCGUGAAGGGAGAGGCCGUGUGUUGUGUACUCUUACAGCGCCGGCAGUCGGCCUGUCGUGUGUACGCCAGCGUCCGAUCGGCCGGUAUUAACAACGACGGCAAGAAGACUAUCGGUAUGUUUUGCCCCUCCAGUGAGGCUCAGGAGGAGCUUAUGGUCGACACCUAUACCAAGGCUGGCAUCGAUCCCCUCGACCUCACAUACAUUGAGGCUCACAUAACCGGCACUAAGGCCGGAGAUCCGGCUGAAGUGCGGGCAAUAUACCGGGCGUAUUGUGAGCGCACGGGUCGGACACAACCCCUGCUGUUGGGAACCCUGAAAGGCAAUAUGGGUCACUCGGAGGGCGCCUCCGGUCUGACGUCACUCAUUAAAGUGAUGAUCGCUUUUGAAAAUGAAUGCAUUCCUCCGAACAUUAAUCUCAAGAAUCUUAAGCAAGAGUUCCGACAAUACUGUCCGCCAUUAUUGCCGGUCACACAAAAGCUUAAGUAUAAGCCGGGUUUGGCUGCAGUGAACAACUUUGGUAUCGGAGGAGUGAACGAUCACGUGAUCGUUGAACCCAACCCACGGGUGCCGAGCGGUGACAGCCAUAGACUGUGCGAACCGAUGGCCCGAUUGGUGUUGAUCUGCGGCCGAACCGAAGAGUCGGUCAAACAUAUCAUGAAUUUCAUCGAAAGUUCGCCGAAGAAAGUGACCAAAGAGUUCGUCACUCUAUUGUGUCGAUCCAUGAAAUACACGCCUAAUGUUAACUCAACCGGAUUUCCCGUCAGAGGAUCAAUUAUAAUCAAUGAGACAAAUGAUGGCAAAAGUGAAGUGAAAUACAGUUAUAAGAGACAGAUAUCUGUAAUGAAAGACAAAACACUUCCACCCCUUUGGAUGGUAUUCCCGGGUUUGGGCGGUCAGUGGCCGGCAAUGGCUAAGGCUUUAAUGCCUAUCAAGAUAUUCGCCGAUAAAGUGGAAGAAUGCCAUCAAAUACUACACGAGUUUAAGAUUGACUUAAAAUACAUGUUAUUAUCGGACGACAAGACAUCGAUGUCUACAAUGACUGCAAACACAAGGGAUGCGAUGAUUGUCACGUACUUCAGGGGUGCCAUCACUGAGAGUGACCCACAGAUUCCGAAGGGUUUGAUGGCAGUCGUGGGGCUGUCGAGGGCUGAGGCGCUCAAUGUCUGUCCGGAAGGGGUUUUCGUUGUCUGUAAUAACGCUAAAGAGUCUGUAGUCAUAUCAGGUCUGAAAAAUGAAAUGAAGAAAACAAUUGAUUUGUUAAAUAAAACGGGAGUUUUUGUGCGACAGUUAGAGAGCAGUGAAAUCCCAUUCCAUAGCGAAUACCUGCGCUCAUCGGCACAGCCUAUGGUCGACGCCAUUAAGAAAUAUAUGCUUAACCCUCGGCUUCGGUCAAAGAAAUGGUUGUCCACUUCAGUGAUGGUGUCGGAGCCCGAAGACGAGCGCUUGCGGUACGCGUCGGCCGAGUAUUUUGUGUACAACUUUAUGCACCCUGUUCAAUUUUAUGACCAACUCAAACACAUUUCCACCGGUGCUGUCGUACUGGAGCUGAGCCCUCACUCGCUCUUUAAGAAAAUAAUCACCGAAUCGGUGGACAGUUGUCAAUACAUUUCAUUGAUAUCCAAAGACUCGAACCAUAAAAAUGUGGAUCAGUUUCUGUCGGGAAUCUCCAAACUCUACGAAUUGGGUUUCAACCCAUCGGUGGAGCGCCUGUACCCACCCAUACAAUGGCCGGUCCCUCGAAGCACACCAUCGAUCAGUUCCCUCUUGAAGUGGGAUCACAGCCGAGACUUAUCUACUUUUACAGCAAAAUAUCCCGAAAAUAUGCUGCGAUAUGUUUGCGGAGAUAUGAAUGUUGUGGUGAACAUCGGGGCCAAGAAAGACGACUACCUGUGCGAUCACGUGGUCGACGGCAAUAACCUGUUCCCAGCGACCGGCUAUCUGAUGCUCGCGUGGCGUCAAAUGGCCGCCUCUUAUGGCCAGACAUGGGAUAAAGUUCCGGCAGUUUUCGAGAAAUGCCAGUUCUUGAGGGCAACGCUACUCUCGGCCGACGCCCCGACACGACUGACCGUCAAAUACUUUCAACACUCGGGCGAAUUUAUAAUAAUGGAAACCAAUAUACUCUGCGCCGUCGGUACUGUCCGUCGGGGCGCCGACGAUAUGCUGACCGAACAGCACCUCAUCAGUGAUGGACAGCCAGUGGUGUCGGAGUGUGAGUACCGGUUGGACAGGGAGUCCAUUAGGAAAGAGAUGCUGCCUGAUGGACAGCCAGUGGUGUCGGAGUGUGAGUACCGGUUGGACAGGGAGUCCAUUAGGAAAGAGAUGCAUAUCCGGGGCUAUGAGUACUCUAAAGGGUUUCAAAGUUUGCUUAACAUCCGGACCGCAGACUUUAGUCACGCGAACGCAGACAUCGAGUGGACGGGAAAUAUGGUAACAUUUCUGGACGGUUUGCUACAACUGGCCGUCAAUACAGUUAAUCCCUUCCGGAAACUCGUGGUUCCGGUGAUGAUCGACGCCAUACGUGUCGACCCGAACACACUCUUCGAAGCGGUGAAAAGAAAUCGUUUGGCCGAUGAAGUGGUGGACACAAACGACGGCUAUGAAGUUGACGGCACUAAUAUAUCGGGAGUGGACAUAUGUCUCGCCGAUUAUGUCCCCAACAGUGCGUCCGAACGGUUCGCGAUCUUCAGCUCCCGAUUGCCGGUAGUGUUUGACUCGAGUGUGAAUUGUGUGCUCACAUACGGCGCUGAAGUGUAUAAUAUGGUCACCGCUCCCAUCACUAGGAAAACUGAUCCCAAUAUGGUUUUAGAGAGACAUCAGUUUAUCCCAAACGACGACAACACAGCCAUCGAUGACAGACAUAGGAAACUUCUUAUUGAUAAUAUUGAAAUAUUCACACCAUUUAUGGGAAUUGGAUUUACAAGACUUGAUCCAAGACUUGUCGGACGCCAUCGUGCUUUUGAAUGGGAUAUCAAAGAGAGUUUAAUUCUCAAAACAAAUCAUUUGCUUGUCUUAAGAUAUUCACACCAUUUAUGGGAAUUGGAUUUACAAGACUUGAUCCAAGACUUGUCGGACGCCAUCGAAAGCAAUGGAUUUCUAUUAACAGUAUUUCGAUAUAAAGUGACGGAACCGGAGAUCGCAUUGAAUUCAUUGUUUGGGAAUUCAGUCACGGAUUCAGAUCUCGAGAAACGGAUCAAUGAUUUUAUGACUUAUGGCAAUGAAAUGGGAUUAAGAGUGAUAUGCAGUAAAUGCGAUACAAUUGGUUCAAAGGCUGUACUCUUCAGGAAAGUCUCGGAACCCAUACUUCCGGACAAACAAAAUAUAAUCCGGUUUAACGACAAAUGCGAGCAAUGGUUCCCAGUAUUGAAGGACAGAUUACUGAUGGCCAGUGAAUUGGGUGCCGACAGUCCUCGGGUUUGGCUCAUUGCCAGCGACUCGUGUUAUAACGGAGUAAUGGGUUUAGCAAAGAGUCUACGUCUGGAACCGGGAGGCGAACACUUCAGAUAUAUUUUCAUUUACGACAAAAACACCGCAAAUACAGACAUAGACUUCAAUACAAAGCCAUUCAGCGAUAUAUUGGCCAACGAUUUGGUGUCAAAUGUGAUCAGAGAUGGAAAACUCGGUUCCUAUCGAUACCAGAGUUUUUGCAAAAAUUUUAAUAAAAUCAAAUCAAAUGAGUAUUACUUGGGUUUAGGAAAGGGUCGGGACUUGUCGUCAAUCGAGUGGACGGACGCCACCUCUGCUCCGAUUACUGACACCUAUUAUGACGUGAAGAACAAAUUGAGACAAUCGGUCAAAAUCGAGAUCUACUGCUUGGCCAUAAUCUUUCGGGACGUACUCAUAGCCACCGGUGAAAUACCGGCGCUUUCAGACCUGUUUGAGCAACAAAUUGGUCACGAGUUUGCCGGCCGUCAGGCCGAUACCGGGGAACGGGUUAUGGGUAUAAACCACGGCAAAUGUGUGGCCACCAGUACUCGUGUGGACCCGUAUUUGUUCACAACAAUACCCGACAACUGGUCUAUGGAAGAGGCGGUCACUAUUUUGAGCCCGUAUUUCACGGUAUGGUAUGGACUGAUAGAGAGGGCACAUAUCAGACGAGGCGAGAUUGUGUUAAUCCAUUCGGCGGCGGGAGGUGUGGGUCAGGCGGCCAUUAAUGUGUGCCAACACUACGGCUGCGAUAUAUACGCGACGGUCGGCACCGAAGAGAAGAAACAGUUUCUCAUAAAUACAUACAAAAUACUGGAGAAUAAGAUAUUCUCGUCGAGAAGUAUUGAAUUUAAGAGUCAAGUCAUGCGAUCGACUGCCGGACGGGGAGUAGAUGUAGUGCUCAACUCUUUGGCCGGCGAUAAGUUGGACGCGAGCUAUGAGUGUGUGGGCACAGGCGGACGGUUUGUGGAGUUGGGAAAAAUGGAUAUGUUUAUGAAUAAAAAGCUUCCGAUGUAUAACUUAUUGAGGGAUUUGUGUAUUAUAUGUGUUUCACUGGACGAGAGUGUAUUGGCCCGCGAGUAUGUUUGGGACGCUUUUUAUACAUGGGUUCACCAGAACUGCACCAAUGGAUGCGUAAAACCGUUGAAUCGGACGGUAUUUCCGGCCGAAGACGCCGAGAAGGCCUUCCGAUACAUGACUACCGGUAAACAUAUCGGGAAAAUAGUUAUCCGUAUUCGUGAAGAGGAGGCGAACCGAAAGCCGUGGAAAUGCGUAAAACCGGCCGAUAGUAUGACUGUUAGCACAAAGACUUACUUCAAUCCCAAUAAGACUUAUAUAAUAACCGGAGGUUUGGGUGGCUUUGGGUUAGAGUUGUGUCAAUGGAUGGUAUAUAACGGGGCUGCCUGUGCUUACGCUGACGGGUGUCUCAGCACAAGGGAUGCGAUGAUUGUCACGUACUUCAGGGGUGCCAUCACUGAGAGUGACCCACAGAUACCGAGGGGUUUGAUGGCAGUCGUGGGGCUGUCGAAGGCUGAAGCGCUCAAUGUAUGUCCGAAAGGGGUUUUUGUUGUUUGUAAUAACGCUAAGGAAUCUGUAGUCAUAUCAGGUCCGAAGAAAGAAAUGGUGGAAACAAUUGAUUUGUUGAAUAAAAGGGGACUUUUUGUGAGACAGUUAGAGAGCAAUGAACUCCCAUUCCAUAGCGAAUACCUGCGCUCAUCGGCACAGCCUAUGGUCGACGCCAUCAAUGAAUAUAUGCCUAACUCUCGGCUUCGGUCCAGGAAAUGGUUGUCCACUUCGGUAAUGGUGUCGGAGCCCGAAGACGAACGCUUGCGUUACGCGUCGGCCGAGUAUUUUGUACACAACCUAAUGCAUCCUGUUCAAUUUUACGAUCGACUCAAACAUAUACCCACCGGUGCUGUCGUAUUAGAGUUGAGCCCGCAUUCAGUUUUUGGCAAAAUAAUGGCCGAAUCGGUGGACAAUUGUCAAUACAUAUCAUUGAUAUCCAAAAACUCAAAUCAUAAAAAUAUUAAUCAAUUUCUGUCGGGAAUCUCUAAACUAUAUGAAUUAGGUUUCAAUCCAUCGGUGGAGCGCCUGUACCCACCCAUACAAUGGCCGGUCCCUCGAAGUACACCAUCGAUCAGUUCUCUUAUUAAGUGGGAUCACAGCCGAGACCUAUCUGUCUAUACGUCUAAAUGGCCGCAAAAUAAGUUACGAUCCGUUUCCGGGGAUAUGAAUGUUGUGGUGAACAUCGGGUCCAAGAAAGACGACUACCUGUGCGAUCACGUGGUCGACGGCAAUAACCUGUUCCCAGCGACCGGUUAUCUGAUGCUCGCGUGGCGUCAAAUGGCCGCCUCUUAUGGCCAGACCUGGAAUAAAGUUCCGGCAAUUUUCUCGAAGUGUCAGUUUUUGAGGGCGACAUUCCUCGCAGCGGACGUAUCGACAAGACUUACCGUCAAAUAUUAUAAACGAACGGGCGAUUACAGUAUCGAAGAAAACGACAUUAUAUGCGCCGUCGGGACUGUCCGUCGCGGCGCCGACGAUAUGCUGACCGAUCAGCACAUCAUCAGUGAUGGACAGCCAAUGGAGUCGGAGUGUGAGUACCGGUUGGACAGGGAGUCCAUUAAGAAAGAGAUGCAUAUCCGGGGCUAUGAGUACUCCAAAGGGUUUCAGUCGUUGACAAAUAUGCGGACCAAUGAUUUCAGUCGGGUUUCGGCGGACAUCGAGUGGACGGGAAAUAUGGUUACAUUUUUGGACAGUUUGCUACAAAUAACCGGUUGUUUGUUUCCCUUCCGGAAACUCGUGGUUCCGGUGAUGAUCGACGCCAUACGUGUCGACCCGAACACACUCUUCGAGGCGCUGAAGAGGAAUCGUUUGGCCGAUAAUGUGGAGGACACCGCCGAUGGCCAAGUUGUUGACACAACUAAUAAAGAAGAGUUUACCAGAUGUUUAAACGACAACUUCAACAGCAAUUACAAUAAUAAUCUUAGGGAACGGUUCCAACUCUUUCGCUCACAAUUGCCAAUAAUAUUUGACUCGUUGACCAAUUGUGUGCUCACAUACGGGGCUGAAGUGUUUAAUAUGGUCACCGCUCCCAUCGCGAAGAAGACUGAUCCCAAUAUGGUUUUAGAGAGACAUGAGUUUAUCGCAAACGACGACAAUAUGGCCAUCGAUGACAGACAUAGAAAACUACUUAUUGAUAAUAUUGAAGUUUUCACGGAUUCAGAUCUCGAGAAACGGAUCAAUAAUUUCACGACUUAUGGCAAUGAAAUGGGAUUAAGAGUGAUAUGCAAUAAAUGCGAUACAAUUGGUUCAAAGGCUGUACUCUUUAGGAAAGUGUCGGAAACAAUACUUCCUGACAAACAAAAUAUAAUUCAUAUAAACGGCAAAUGCGAGCAAUGGUUCCCACUAUUGAAGGACAGACUACUGAUGGCCAGUGAAUUGGGUGCCGACAGUCCGCGGGUUUGGCUCAUUGCCAACGACUCGUGUAUAAACGGAGUAAUGGGUUUAGCAAAGAGUCUACGUCUGGAACCGGGAGGCAAACACUUUAGAUAUAUUUUCAAUUACGACAAAAACACCACAAAUACGGAAAUAGACUUCAAUACAAAGCCAUUCAGCGAUAUAUUGGCCAAUGAUUUGGUGUCUAAUGUGAUCAAAGAUGGAAGUCUCGGUUCCUAUCGAUACCAGAGCUUUGAAAAAGAUUUCGAUAAAAUCCAAUCAAAUGAGUAUUACUUGAGUUUAGGAAAGGGUCGAGACUUGUCGUCACUCGAGUGGACGGAUGCCACGAACUUCACCACUACUGACCACUACUACGACGUGACCAACAAAAAGAGGGAAUUAGUAAACGUCGAGAUCUACUGCUCGUCCGUUAUUUUCCGAGACGUACUCAUAGCUUCCGGCAAAAUACCGGUGUUUUCAAAGAUAUCCGAUCAACAAAUUGGUCACGAGUUUGCAGGCCGUCGGGCAGAUACCGGGGAACGGGUUAUGGGUAUAAAUCACGGCAAGAGUGUGGCCACCAGUACUCGUGUGGACCCGUUUCUGUUCACAACAAUACCCGACAAUUGGUCUAUCGAAGAGGCGGUCACUAUUUUAAGUCCGUAUUUCACUGUAUGGUAUGGACUGUUAGAGAGGGCACAUAUCAGACGAGGCGAGAGUAUAUUAAUCCAUUCGGCGGCAGGAGGUGUGGGUCAGGCGGCCAUCAAUGUGUGCCAACACUACGGCUGCGAUAUAUACGCGACGGUCGGCACUGAAGAGAAGAAACAGUUUCUCAUAAAUACAUACAAAAUACCGGCGAAAAAGAUAUUCUCGUCGAGAAGUACGCAAUUCAAGAGUCAAGUCAUGCGAUCGACUGCCGGACGGGGAGUGGAUUUGGUGCUCAACUCUUUGGCCGGCGAUAAGUUGGACGCGAGCUAUGAGUGUGUGGGCACAGGCGGACGGUUUGUGGAGUUGGGAAAAAUGGAUUUGUUUCAGAACCGAAAGCUCCCGAUGUAUAACCUAUUGAGGGAUUUGUCUAUUAUUGCCGUUUCUCUGGAUGAGAGUGUAUUAGAUAGAGAACAUAUCUGGCAUACAUUUUACAGUUGGGUUCACCACAACUGCAGCAAUGGUUGCGUAAAACCAUUAAAUUGGACCGUAUUUUCGGCCGCAGAGGCCGAGAUGGCCUUCCGAUACAUGACUACCGGUAAACAUAUCGGGAAAAUAGUUAUCCGUAUUCGUGAAGAGGAGAAAAACAAAAAGCCGUUGAAACUAAUAAAAUCGGCCGAUAAAUUGACUGUCAGUACAAAGACUUACUUCAAUCCCAAUAAAUCCUAUAUAAUAACCGGAGGUUUGGGUGGCUUUGGGUUAGAGUUGUGUCAAUGGAUGGUAUAUAUGGGCGCAAAAAGAUUGGUGUUGACCUCCCGUUCGGGUCUUAAAAAUGAUUACCAGAAAUAUAUUGUCAAUCGAUUGAAGGCUUUCGGCAAAACAAACAAAGCAUUUAAAAAUCAGAUCAUUGUUUCUACGGCUGACUGUUUAACUAUUGAGGGGACAAAACAACUGUUGGAUGAGUGCAAAGAGUUGGGCGCACCCAUCGGUGGUGUCUUUCAUUUGGCCCUCGAGUUAAACAAUUGUCUCUUCAGUGAAGUGUCUUUCGAGACAUUCAUGAAAACCGUUGACAUAAAAGAGAAGAUAUGCCAAAAUUUGGAUCAAUUUAGUCGAGAGUUGGAUUAUUAUUUAGAUUAUUUUGUGGUGUUUUCGUCCCUUUCAUCCGGAUUGGGAAUUGAGGGCCAACUGAACUAUACUUACGGUAACUCUAUUUGCGAGCGUAUUUGCGAACAGAGACAGAGAGACGGCCUGUCGGGUCUGGCCGUACAGUUUGGUCCGAUCGGAGACGUCGGAGUGAUGUCUGAUAUGACACAAACGUUUGCAUUUACGACAACUCAGAAACAACGGAUACAUUCGUGUUGUGAAGUAUUGGACAAACUAUUGGCCGUACAAUACCCGGUCGUAUCUGUAAAUGUGAAAACAGUGGAGAACUCAUUGUUAAAACUGGACACUGAGACUAAAGAGGGCUCGAAAUGGUUUAUACACAAGUUGUGGGGAUCUCUAGGUAUCGACCCGUCGGCCACUCCGGCGGACACAACUUUAGGAGAGAUCGGAAUUGAGUCCAUAUUUGCCUCAGAAUUACAGCAAGAAAUGGGAAAACUCUGUAAUCAAACGAUUCAACUAAAGUUCAUUAAAGACAUGUCUGUCGGACUGCUUCGGGAGUUUGAGUCCGAAGGCGAUGACAACAUUAAAGGCUAUUUUAAUGGCAUAAAAAAGGCUCAAAUAUCGCUCUUAAAGUAUAGGUUUGUGAUUCCUGUGGAAACACACGUCAGACUCAAUGGUGUCUCAAACGGAAAGCCUUUGUAUUUAAUGCCGACUCUGGAGAUGGGGUUUGCAUUGUAUGACCAUUUGGUUCAAAAUAUUAACCGACCGGUUGUUGGACUCAAUUGGACUCCAGUUGUGAAUAGAUUGUCAACUUUGAAGGAAGUGAUGAAAUACUUCACUGAUUUGAUGGCAAGACUCGAACCAAAUGGUGGUUACGAUGUGUUGGGAUCGACGGACGGAGCGAUCAUUUGUGGCCAACUCUUGCGGAAAGGUUUGGCAGAGAAGGCGGUUAUGAUUGACGUGCUGUCGAAACAGCGUUUCCGAGAGGACGACCUGAAGGAUGAUAUGGUAUUGGAGUUGAUAUUGAAUUGUCUUUUGGAUGACUUACCCAUCGAUUACAAGAGGAGGAUAUUGAGAGACAGUUGUGACCAAAACAUUAAGUCCAGAGUCAAAAGAAUUGGCGCUGAAUUACGUGAGUUUGUGGGAAAAGCAAUGAUAUCUCAAGACUUGGACCUAAUGUUGGAAACAAUGGUUAAACGGAUCCGAAUGUUAUGGACGUAUAGAUUGAAUAAAAAACAAAAGUUUGGAAACGAUUUCAAAACAAUGAUUAACAAGAAGUGGCCAAAAAUGAACGACAAAUUUGUGGUUAUAUUAAUGUCUUCACAAUUGGACUCAAUGGACGACAAUAGUAAUGAAUAUCUCAAUACUUCUAAUCAUUUCUAUUUGAUUCCUAACUCAGAGGAUUUGCCCUCAAAUAUAACUACUGUUUGUGUGGACACAAGUGAAUCAAUUCAAGUGACAAAUACUGUAAUCGUUGAGAAAUUGGUCCAAAUAUUCAACAAAUAA